AUCUAAAAUUAGGACAUUGGAGGUUGGAAAAUUAAAUUUUUAUAAGCUACAUAAUCUUUGUAUAAGGCAGUUAGCUGUAUAUAAUUACAGUAACCAUUUACGUAACUGUGUUAAACGAAUAAUUUAUGGUUUCUUGCAAGUUAUGUGGAUCCAGGUUGUUUCUAUGCUCAAUCAAAAUUAUGGGUACUCUGGUACACGUAUCUGAUUGGACCAGGUUGGAUGAAGAGGGCGUUGUUUAUGCGUGACGUGUUUAACCGCGUAGGGCGCACGCAGUGGAAAUGAAAAUUCGUACGUGUCCUUAUACUUUAUUGUGGUUUUCAUGCGUUAUUUGACAAGCAAUAAUGCGCGGUUUUUUGGUGGACAUCCACAAGUAUACACUUUUUGAAUAAUUAGUGAUUUCUUGUGGAUCUUGUAGGCGAUAAGGUACUUUAAGAAGAUUCAACCUUUAGUGUUGUUUAUACACAACCUCGCGCUAUGCAUUGUGGGACAGCAAUGGUGGGCGCGUGAUUUUGAACAAUUUCCAGAUAUUACAGAGAAAACAGGAGACAUGUAUUUUAUUAUAAUAAUACUGGCUUAAUGUACGCAGUACAUGAUUAACAGGUCAUUAUGGAGACAGUGCGGAAAAUUGCUGAAGCAGUAUCCUGAAGAUGUCUGUUAAUAAAGGUCACGGUGCAAGAGCUCUUGUCGAGCCUUUAGCACUUGACUCACGCACAUUGGGUGAUAGUGAUUUGAGUGCUUUGAGCCUCUCCAAUAAUGCAGAGCAAUAUUCAUCGAAUGACUUUGAAACGUUUGCAAAUAUUCAAGCUGAAUUGGAAUGCAUGAAUGCAGAGGAAGUUAUGACAACUGACGAAGAGCACAUAGUGAUUGAGCGAAAUGUUGAUAAUGAAACUAUUAUACCAGAUGUGGAAAUGCCUGAUGUUUCAGACGUUCAGCCCGAACAAAUUCUAUACACGGCAGCUAAUCAGAAUACUCAAAACAUCAUAUUUCAAACAAAACCAACAUUGCAACGUGUACCUGUUUCCACAAUACAGGUGAAGCCGAGCGCGUGUCAGCCAUCGCAAAGUCAGUCUAUCAUGAUCGUAUCUCCUGCAGGAGGCCAAGGUACAAGUCAGAUAUUGAAAAUUUCCCAUCCUUCGACAGCUUCAGCAGGUCAACUACAAUCUUUGGCACAAACUCUUAUAACUGCCAAGUCUGCAGAUGGAAAUAUAGUGCAGUUGCGAUCAGCUCAAUCUACAAAGCCUGUCAUGGCUACGAGUCAAGCAGGGAAUAUUACUUUAAGUAAUAUUCAGAGUAUGAAAGCAGUACAAUCAGCGAUAAAAAGACCUGCGCAGUCUGGUCAGCAAAACAGAAACGUCUACACGAAAAUGAUACUAACUGGUACUCAAGCACAAUCUGGUCAGCAGGUUUUAAUAGCAACAUCACAGGGUGACAAUCAGCAACCACAGACAAUAAAAUUUUUGUCGAGCAGUGCCUCUGGCCAAAGUAUUACCAGUCCACCAAAAACUAUUACAUUAGCACAAGCACAGCAGAUGUGUCUUCUGUCUUCUAGUAAAGUACAACAUAUAUUACCUUCGUCACCUCAGAAACAACAGGGCAUUAUCGUGAACAAGUUAUUACAUUCAUCGACAGGACAGACACCUAAAAUGACAAUAGUACCAAACAGUGUCGUGAAGUCGCCUACAAAAAUACUUCCUGCUCCAAGUAUGACAACGCAAGUAAAACCAUCCUUGAUAACAAACUCGCAAUCUGCAACAUUUACUGCUGGCAACAAAGCAACGGGUCAACAGAGUCAGCAGAAAGUGAUUAUUAGACAGAGUUCAUUAAAACCUGGGACAGUACUUGGCAGUGGACAGGUUAUUAGAAUACCAGCCAAUCAGAACAUCGUAACAGGAUCCAAUCAAGUUCAUCAAAUUCAAGUACCUGGACGACAAGUACAAUAUGUCAGAUUGGUAAGCACAGCAUCCUCUGGAACAAACAAUGUAGUUACAGUAGGAAAACCUAAAGCGCAAUCGUCCUUGCAAACAAUUGGAAUGGCGCAAAAGAUUGGUGGACAGCAGCAAAUUGUUAAGGUGGUACCGUUAAAUACUCAGAAUCAGACAUUGCGAACUGUUGCACCAAAAUCAUUAACUGCAAGCGGACAGAGACUAUUAAUACCUGCAUCUGCAACUGUUGGAAAUCAGUCGAAGAGUGCAGUUGCGAUACCUGCAUCUGCACUGAGUCAACUGGCGUCUGGUCAGGCUGUCCUUUCAACAAAUUCAAAUGUUGGAAAUAUUGUUGUUGUACCAGCCCAAUAUAUUCAGCAACAGCAUACCGAAGAUGUGAAAGUGAAAACUGAACCAUCCACUCCAAGUUUAUUGACUAAUGCCCAAGUGUCUCAGGGUUCUCUUAGUCACUUAUCAGUCAGUUCUUUAAACGAGACUAAGAAUUCACAACGUUCUUAUGCCAGUGUGGAACCAAACGGUAUUCGACCAAGAAAACCAUGCAACUGCACAAAAUCACAAUGCUUAAAACUGUACUGUGAUUGCUUUGCCAACGGCGAAUUCUGCCACAUGUGCAAUUGCAAUAACUGCUCGAACAACCUUGGCAACGAGGAGGAACGACAACGCGCCAUAAAGUCAUGCCUUGAAAGGAAUCCCAAUGCUUUUCGACCAAAGAUCGGCAAGGGACGUGAGACUGGCGACGAUAUACGUAGACACAACAAAGGCUGCAACUGUAAGCGCAGCGGUUGUUUGAAGAAUUACUGCGAGUGCUACGAGGCGAAAAUUCCCUGUUCGGCGAAUUGCAAGUGCAUAGGUUGUCGUAACGUCGAGGAGCCGCAUUUGGAGAAGAAAUUAUUGAAGGAUUUAACAGAAUCUGCGGACAGUAGAACGGUGCAGUUGGCUUUGAAUAAGAACAAAUUACAACAAUUGCCAGAAAUGGCAUUCAGACCGCAAGCAACUUCGAAUACUGGUGCAAGGCAACCCUUCAAUUUUUUAACUGACAAAGUCGUCGAAAUAACGUGUCAGUGUUUGAUGGCGCAGGCCGAUGAGGCAGAACGCAGUAUGUUGGACGAUGAUACGUCGCAGAGGCUGAUAAUCGAAGAAUUCGGAAGAUGUUUAAAGGAAAUUAUUGAGUCCGCACACAAAGCGGAAGCCACUUAGCAGCCGUACGUGUUGAUAAACAAAGCAGUUGCCAAUUGUUAUAAAUGUAUUGAGGAAUUGCUAAGGCGAUGGCGUUGUUUGAUUAUAUAUUUUGAAUAGUAUUUAGUUAGGGAAGAAAAAAAGGUAUGGUAGAACGAGAAGAAAUGAUAAUGUAUGCAAAGCACAGUUGCGCGCUGUAUGAUUACAGAUAUGACGAUUAGAUUAUCAUGCAUAAAAAAUGUUAGAAAUGCUAGCAGUUGUAUAAAGAAAUGGCCGAAGUGAACUUAUCCAUCCAUUUGAAUAACUUACGUAAAAUACCAGUCGAUUACUCGAUUCUGCUCAGGACACGAUUAAGAGUUUUUAUUUGAUCCGAGCUCCGUGACAGAUUAUUUUGUUAUUUUUUUUAUAUGACAGGAGAUAAUUGCUAAUCUUUUUCAGUCUAGGUUUGCGGUACUUUUUGGAAUUUUUUUCAAACAUUUUUACCCGUUUCUAAACAACAUGCUAUCUUAUUGAUAAAACCUUCUUUACACAGUGGUCAUUGUCUAUGGGUGAAAGGAAGACAGGAGAUGGAAUAUACUUUACAGCUAUAAAUAUAAAUAAAUAUAAACACCGUUCGCACUAAA